AAGAACUGGGGAGGCGGCUCCGACGCGGACCCUACAGAGCCUGUCGUCCGCCUGAUAGCCAGCCUUGUCCCCGCGGCCGCCCAAGCUCGGAGCCAUCUAGCGACUCGGCGAGCGGCCUCAGGUGGACAGCCAUCUGGGAAGCCCGCCUUGGGCCAGGAACUUUCACUUCAAGCCGGGUCUCCAGUUCAAGAAGGAGGUACAGCUGCCUCCUUACCCCCAGCUCAGGCCCACCAUGGGGAAAAACAACAGCAAGCUGGCCCCCGAGGUGCUGGAAGACCUGGUCCAGAACACGGAGUUCAGCGAGCAGGAGCUAAAGCAGUGGUAUAAGGGUUUCCUGAAGGACUGCCCCAGUGGCAUCCUCAACCUGGAGGAGUUUCAGCAACUCUAUAUCAAGUUCUUCCCUUAUGGAGACGCGUCCAAGUUUGCGCAGCAUGCUUUCCGCACCUUCGACAAGAACGGCGAUGGCACCAUCGACUUCCGGGAGUUCAUCUGCGCCCUUUCUGUCACCUCCCGUGGCAGCUUCGAGCAGAAGCUCAACUGGGCCUUUGAGAUGUACGAUCUGGACGGUGACGGCCGCAUCACACGGCUGGAGAUGCUGGAGAUCAUCGAGGCUAUCUAUAAGAUGGUGGGCACCGUGAUCAUGAUGCGCAUGAACCAGGAUGGGCUCACACCCCAGCAGCGUGUGGACAAGAUCUUCAAGAAGAUGGACCAGGAUAAGGAUGACCAGAUUACGCUGGAGGAGUUCAAGGAGGCGGCCAAGAGUGACCCGUCCAUCGUGUUGCUCCUGCAGUGUGACAUGCAGAAGUAGAGGCCGGUGAGGGGCAGGGCCCCUGGCCAGGAAAGGCAUGGCAACCUUCCAACCUGAUGUCCUCUCUGCUGGCCCACCCCCGGGGGGAGGGGCGUUCCAGCCUCACUCUCUAGCUCACCCACUCCUCUGUCCAAGCCUUUCUCUCCUCAGUCAAGUUCCUCGAGCGACCACCACCUCAUUCUGUAAAAGAGACAGGUCCUCUCAAGUAGCCUGUCCUCAGAUAGUCUGUCACUAGCUCCACCUCUAGCCUUGGCCUAGAACCAACAUCCUUUGGGCUUAGGAGAGUUGGCUUUUGACCCCAGAGGCGAGGUUAAGGAGGGGCUGAGGACUUGCUUUGCAAUCCUGUUGUUCCCAGGAUUAUGGUCCAAAUAAACAGCAUGGUCCCACAGGCCCCCAGUCAAAGGGCCAAACCGGGUCUGUCCCGGGCUAUCGGGAUUCCCCGAGAGGUGGUCUCUGCCCUGCUCCCUUGCUCUACCUGGCCCCUCUGGCCCCAGUCUUUGGAACGUUCAGUGAGUCCUUUCUUCAGCUAAUGCUUGUUGAACACUUGCCCCAUGCCAGGCACCUGAAGGUGCUAAGAAUACGGUUGUUUACAGAAACCCAUCCCAUGCCCUCUGGAAGCUCACAGGGUAGCGAGACAACUGCCAAGGGUUGCAGUCUCGGACAGGAUGGUGGAACACAAUGGAGAUGAAGGUGUGAGGUAGCUGGCACGCUGUCAGAACUAGUGUGUCCUCCAGCUGGUGCCACCCAAAGCUGCAGAAAGUCCAACUGAAAAACCUGUGGAACUUUAGGUGCCACGUGGGUGGAUGUUUUAAGAAAAACAAAAUUUUAUGUAAUAUUUAUUUUUUUAGUGCCCUUUCAAAGACAUAAGAUCAUUUUAUUAGACUAUAAAAAUAUACUCUAUAUUACUUGAUUUCUUAAAAAAAGAUUUAAAUGAAUAUAAAAAUGCUGAUGUUCAAGGGGGGAAAAUGUUUAGGCAAAAGCGGUAGGGCCACCAUCAGGUCUGGAGAACCCGUACUCUCGCCACCAGCAGUUCCUGCUGUCUCUGCUAUGUCCCUUUAUUACCUUUUCUCAAUUCCACAAGUGACUUUUCUGUCGCACACCUUGGGUGCUGACAUCAGAGUAAGAAACGAAACUUACCAUGGGCAAACGCAGUUCAUUCCCACGGCCCGGUACCAUGGGCAUGCGCAGUUCAUUCCCAUAGCGCAGUAUCAUGGGCAAGCGCUGUUCAUUCCCACAUCUCGGUACCAUGGGCAAGCACAGUGCAUACCCACAUCUCGAUAGCUUGUUUCUGAGUUUGGGUUGGUUUUUCAGGGAUCGGCUUAUUCUUUCACAGCCUAAGAUAGAAGGAGCUAGAAGAAAGGGAUCUUGCGGCUGUUCAGGCUUCGGGGGCUGCGCUUAUCUAUGGACCAAAUGCUUAAAGAAUGUGCUGGGCGUACUCCGUGCAAAAGGCUUUUCCUAAACCCUUCCGUCCUAGAUCUGCCAGGUAAUCUACUUUGUCACCUUCCAAGCUCACCAGCCUCGCUUUCUGAAUUUUAAGGUCUAUGAGCUAACUAGUGUGCUGCAUGCUUUCCAGAAAAAUCCACCUGCUUCUUCCAGUUCCUCGCUUCACUUUCGCCUACGCUUCCUUGCGAUCAGAGGUUGGCUUUGAUGUGCGAUGACAGUUGGCUUCCUCUUGAGCUGCUGUGAAAACAGUCUAGUACAGAGAUGCUGUCAGCCAGGGUGGGCGUAGAGAGAGCUUGAGAAGCUGGGGCGUGUGGUGGCGGAGAUUGCCCUGCAGAAGAUACGCUAUUUGCCACUUACUUCCGAGUGCUCACCUCCCUUCUGGUAGAAAUGUUUGUAGAUUCUGACCUGUGGUCCAAAGUUCUGUCAGACUUUCCUUCUUGUGGCCUUUGGAGGGAGCAAGCCACCUUCUUCCUGACCUGCCUAUCCAGGCCACGUGCUAAGGGUGAGGAAUUCUUAGCCUCAAGUGGUACUAGCAGUUGUUUAUCUGGUGAUGCUUCGUGGGGUUGCUCCAUAGCUCUGGCACACGGCCUGCUAAGCAUGUCUUUUGCUAUCAUCAGUGCCACAGACACAUAAAUACCCAACCACCUUGCUCAGCUGGGACCUGGAUCUUCUAGUGAAAAGCUUUUCCUUCCCCCCAAAUGUUUAAUCUAGCCCAACCCACAAUGACACAGAAUUUCUUGGCUUUCUAAGGCUUGUAUCUGCCUGCAUCUCAUUUUGUCCUCACAGCCCAAGGAGAUAAGGGUUUUACCCAGGCUUGGAAGCUAAAGUUAAGGGUUGAGGGAGAGAGGUCUCUUGUAUGAGAGACACACAAUGCUAAGACUCGAACGCAAGGCUCUCCAAGAGUCUCUUCUCUGCUCCAUCUGAUUUGUCCAGAUGCUAACUGCAAGACAAAUCGACUUUUAUCCUUUCAGAAGUUUCCUGCCAAGAACUUGCUGAGGCUACAGUCUUCCGAAAAGGAGGAGGAGCUUGAAGUCUCUCCACUUUCAAGCAUCCUCUCGUAGCUUCUGGGCAGCUUUGCAGUGCUGUUCUUGGAGGCUGCUAAUCAAGUCCUGGAAGCAUCUUGUGUUGUCUUCUCCACUAUCUUCCUUCCCCAAAGAAUUGCUUUUCUUUUUCCAAGUUGGUAGGCAAGUCCUACCCAUGAGACAGAUCACUCUAGGCUUCUAGUCACCCACUCACGGGCAAUAUUUGCUGCUUAAGGCCAAGGGUUUCAGACAGCCAACAGGCCUCAAACUGGCUCUGCCCUCUUGCUCAUGGGAGAAGCCACAGACAGGUCGAGCCUUGCUCCCACAUUCUCCUGGGUGUCUAAAACUCAGUAUGCCCAGGAGACCAUGUGGUAGAGCGCCCGUCCCUGCCUUGGGAAGAGAGAGAUCUCCCAUCUCCACUCCGGCUUGGGAAGCACUUAGCAUGAAGCACAGGUCAGCAGAGAUCUGGGUAUGACUCGCACAGGCAUGAAAACCUAAAUGCAGAUAAAACACUGGCAUACCAAGUUCUCCUUCGAGGUUCUGUAUCCUCUUACAAAAAGUCUGUGAAUCUGGUGGUUCCAAAUUUAGCCUUCUCAUGCCUGCUAUCCUCAUUCAUCCUUUCUGGCUAAGUGAUGAGCCCCUUAUUUCUCAUCCCUAAAAAUCCCCAGCGUAGGCUGCCUUGUGUGCCGCUGCGAUCCGUGCAGCUGCGUAAUUACUCGCGUACCUUUGAAAUGAAGAGAAAGCCAAGCCCAUUGGCCAAGGCACCAAUUCCUCUCUGCUCUGGCAAUGGCAGAGCCUCAAAAGCAGAAAUCCAUUUAACGCAGAAGGUUAUGGAAGCAAGAAAAGGACACGCUGGUCUUCCCAGGCAGGGCAGUGAGCAGACACUGUAAAUAUUUUUACACAAAAUUUAUUAAAGCAAAAGUCAUUUCCUGAAGAUCCACCCUGGGUGAGGCUUUGUGUUGGCUUUAGAAAUCACCACGGGGCUAAGAAUACAUUUCCUACAUAGCUGCUUCAUUGUGCUUAAAGGAAGCAAAGAAGUCACGUGCUAAAUUUUAAAGUCUCAGAAAAACAUGGGUUUUGUUUUCUACCCCCUAGACUUUUCAGGGUUUUCUCUUCUUAGCUUUGUCGGAGUAUGGGGUAGGACAGGGUCUCUAGGGAUGCAUGGGUCCCUCUGCUUGGUGGAGGCUGCCCAGGUGCAUGGUCUUCUAAGCAGUGAGGAAGCCUAGGUGUAUCCCAGUUCACUAUGGGAGCCCCAGUGUAGCCCUGUCCCCUCCGGACAUGCUGCUUCUAAUUGUGUUCACAGCAACCAUCUUCACUGAUCAACCCUGUGCCACGUGGUGUGUGUUUUUCCCACUGACAAUGAAUAAAAGGUGUGACUG